AUGUAUUUAUUAAUUAUUGUCUUCUAUCAUCUACCAGAACCAUAUACAAAUCUAUCAUCGAAUAUGGUAUUAAUAUAUUUUCCUAAAAUAAUUUUACAUUAUUGGAGAACAAAAUCAUUAAUAUCAUUUCAUGUAAAUGAAACUGCGUUCAAUAAUGUAACACAAAUGAUUCGUGCACCAGUCGUUGAUAUUUCUCGUCCUUUAGUUACUUUAAAAGAGCCUAUUAAACAUGUUUUCGUCAUUGUUCUAGAAUCAAUUCGUGCUGAUGCUUUACCAUUAAACAACAAUUUAGCCAAUGCUGUAAAAUCUACUUUCACAUCCGAUGCAACUGCUGAAAAUGUGACACCACUUCUUAAUUCACUUUGGAUGAAUUCUGUUCGUACAGUUGCAUCCGUUACAUCAUCUUAUACAUUAAAAAGUCUUGUUAGUAUUUUCUGUGGUAUCUAUCCUCUCAAUGUUAAUUUUCUCAAAGAAGCAAAUUCGGAGAAUUUCUUAUACGAAAAAUGUUUACCUGAAUUACUUCGUGAAAUUUUUCAAACGACAAAUAAUCAAUCAACAUUUCGUUCAGCUUUUUUUACAGCAGCUCGUGAUGAUUUUGAUCAUCAACGAGAUUUAUUUAAUAAACUUAAAUUUGAUACCAUAAUUAAUGGUUUUGAUAUUUAUGAACAGACAGGAAAUGUUCCCGAUCUUGGUAUGUUCGGUCCUGCUGAUCAAUAUAUCUUACCUCUAAUGUGGAAAUGGAUUGAUAAAAAUCUAGCAGAAAACGAAACAAAUCAUUUAAUGAUGAGCUUAUUAGUUACCGGAACGCAUGAACCUUUUCCGCAACCCAAUGAUUGGUCAUUUGAUGAAUACCGUUUUUAUAUUGAUGAGCCAAAUGUAAAUAAUUACCUUAAUGCUUUACAUGCAACUGAUGAUUUUUUGAAAGAAAUUUUUGAUGGUUUCAAAUUACGUAAAUUAUACGAUGACACACUUUUCAUUAUAACAAGUGAUCACGGUUAUGUAUUCAACGAUUAUGGAAGACAAAUGCUCGGAUUAUUAAGUACUCCUCUAGAAUGUGCAUUUUCAGUUCCUUUAAUGUUACACAAUCCACAUCUUGAAGCUAAACAACUCGAUGGUCAAUUUACCAAUAUGGAUAUAUUGCCAACUAUUAUGGAUAUAUUAUUAUCGUCAAUAAAACCUAUUCAACAAUCAACAAAUCAACUAUUAUCUGUGCCAAAUAAUCAAUUACAAUCGAUAUUAUCUCGAUAUGAAGGAACAUCAAUUCUACGAAUGCUAAUUGAAAAACAACCUGUUCGAUAUACAUUUCAUUUGACAAAUCCCGGUAAUUCUUAUAUCAUUGUUAAACAAUAUCCAAAAAAACUUACGUAUGAUAUUUCAAAUGAUGAAGUACAUUUAUAUCAUCUUGAACAUGAUCCAUUUGAAUUAGUUGAUUUAAUCCAUCUCGAUUAUAAAAUUGCGACUACACAUCCACCAUGGAUUAAUGUGAUGUGUAAUAAACACUGGAGGCAAACAUGGAAAGGACGUUGGACUAAUAAAUAUCCGAAUGUUAGAAUUUAUCAUAAACUUUUAUUGGAAAAUAAAAGUUUUGUGUCAAUUUCAACAUCGAAUUCUAUGAACAAUGACAAAGUACAAUUGAAGGAUAUGUUAGAUUGGGCAGAUCAAACAUUGGAAUUGGCUCGUUUUUGGAAAAAUCUUGUGAAACAACGGUAUCGUUACGAAAGCAAAACAUUCAAUUAUCAUACGAAUUAG